GAGCGUGCAUCCUGCGGUAGGGACGGCCGAGUCAUGGCAGCCCUGCUGAGACCAGCCCGCUGGCUACUCCAAGCCGGGGCGGACCCUCGCCUCCCGCUCUCCCUGCGCCUCCUCGCAGGCGGCCUGAGCCGACCGCACGCCGCCCCUUGUCUGCCGGCCGCCCGCGCCGGGCCUGUCGCCGGAGGGCUGCUGAACCAAGCCAGGCUAUAUGCCAUUGCUGUUGAGAAAAAAAAUUAUCUUCAAGAGGAGCCUGCUUCUUCUCAUAGAAGGAAUGCCAGUCAUUUUGACUGGGCUCUAACGAGACUGGAUAAUUCUGUCCGAAGAACUGGCCGCAUCCCAAAGACUCUUCUACAAAAAGUCUUUGACACUACCUGUCACUCAGGUAGCCCAGGUGGUAAUCAAGCCUUGCUUCUCCUGCGCAGCUGUGGUUCUCUCUUGCCUGAACUGCAGGUCUCCGAGAGAACAGAAUUUGCUCAUAGGAUAUGGGACAAACUUCAGAAGUUGGGUACUGUGUAUGACGUAAGUCACUACAAUGCUUUACUUAAAGUCUAUCUUCAAAAUGAACAUAAAUUUUCACCAACUGACUUCUUGGCAAAAAUGGAGGAAGCAAACAUUCAACCAAAUCGAGUGACAUACCAGAGGUUGAUUGCUGCUUAUUGUAAUGUGGGGGAUAUUGAAGGUGCCAGCAAGAUUCUUGGAUUUAUGAAAACCAAGGAUCUGCCAGUCACGGAGGCAGUUUUCAGUGCCCUUGUUACGGGGCAUGCAAGAGCUGGAGAUAUAGAGAAUGCAGAAAAUAUUCUCACAGUGAUGAAAGAUGCUGGAAUUGAGCCUGGUCCAGACACAUACUUAGCAUUAUUGAAUGCGUAUGCUGAAAAGGGUGACAUUGACCGUGUUAAGCAGACUCUGGAGAAGGUGGAGAAGUCUGAUCUUUACUUUAUGGACCGUGAUUUAUUCCAAAUUAUUUUUAGUUUCAGUAAAGCUGGGUAUUCUCAAUAUGUCCCAGAAAUUUUGGAAAAAAUUACAUACGAAAGAAGAUAUAUUCCAGAUGCAAUGAACCUCAUUUUACUUUUAGUCACCGAAAAAUUGGAAGAUACAGCAUUCCAAAUUUUAUUAGCAUGUCCUGUAUCAAGGGAAGACAGUCUGAGUGACUUUGGCAGUUUCUUUUUGCGACACUGUGUGACUAUGAAUACGCCUGCAGAGAAGCUGAAAGACUACUGCAAGAAGUUAAAGGAGUCCCAGAUGCACACAUCUCCUUUGCAGUUCACACUUCAGAGCGCUUUACUAGCCAAUAAAACCGAUUUGGCAAAAGCUCUGAUGAAGGCUCUGAAGGAAGAAGGUUUUCCUGUCAGAACUCAUUAUUUCUGGCCAUUGCUAGCUGGACAUCAGAAGAAGAAAGAUGUUCAAGGUAUCGUCGAAGUUCUCAAAGCAAUGCAUGAAAUGGGAGUAAGUCCUGAUCAGGAGACAUAUGUAAAUUACGUGUUUCCAUCCUUUGAUAGUGCGAGGUCAGUUCGUGCUGUUUUGCAGGAAAAUGGAUGUCUACCUGAAAGUAAUGUAUUUUCACAAGCUGAAUUGAGAAGUGAAGCAGUUAAUGGGAACUUAGCCUAUAUUUUAUCAUUUUUGGAAUCAAAUACACAGCCUUUGUCAUUCGCUUCUUUGAGAGGCAGUCUAAGUCUAGGCUUUAGGAGGUCUAUGGAUAUAAAUCUUUGGAGCAAGAUAACAGAACUGUUGUAUAAGGAUGGACGUUAUUGCCAAGAGCCUCUAGGACCAACGGAAGCUGUUGGCUAUUUUCUUUAUAACUUGAUUGACAGCAUGAGUGACUCAGAGGUACAGGCCAAGGAGGAGCGUUUGAGACAAUACUUCCAUCAGCUGAAGGAGAUGAAUAUAAAAAUUCCUGAAAAUAUCUACAGAGGCAUUCGUAAUCUACUGGAUAGCUACCAUGUUCCUGAAUUGAUUAAGGAUGUUAAUACAUUGGUUGAAAGAGAGAAGAUAGACUCUAGAAAAACUACACAGCUGCCGUCAUCUCUUUUGGAGUCUACACUUGAAAAACUACAAGCUGAAAAUCAACCUAUAGGAGAUGUCCUAAAGCAACUCAUACUAGCGCUUUGUUCAGAAGAGAACAUGCAAAAAGCUCUUGAGUUGAAAGCAAAAUAUGAAUCAGACAUGGUUGUUGGUGGCUAUGCUGCUUUAAUAAAUUUGUGCUGUCGACAUGAUAAUGCAGAAGAUGCAUUGAACCUGAAACAAGAAUUUGACCGAUUAAAUUCAUCUGCUGUCCUUGACACUGGCAAGUAUGUAGGCCUUGUAAAAGUAUUGGGAAAACAUGGCAAGCUCCAAGAUGCUAUUAACAUUCUAAAGGAGAUGAAAGAGAAGGAUGUUGUUAUCAAAGAUGCAACAGUCUUGUCCUUUUUCCACAUCCUAAAUGGCGCAGCUUUAAGAGGUGAAACUGAAACAGUGAAACAGUUGCAUGAAGCCAUCAUGACUCUAGGGUUAGCAAAACCAUCCACUGCCUUAAGUUCCCCAUUGGUCACUCUGUAUCUGGAAAAGGAUGACUUAUGUGCUGCUCUUGAAGUCGCCAUCGAUUGCUAUGCAAAGUAUAAAGUAUUACCAAGGAUUCAUGAUAUCUUAUGUAAACUGAUAGACAAAGGCGAGACUGAUCUAAUUCAGAAAGCAAUGAACUUUGUAAGCCAAGAACAAGGUGAGAUGACGAUGCUGUAUGAUCUCUUCUUUGCUUUCCUACAAACAGGAAAUUACAAAGAGGCCAAGAAGAUCAUUGAGACUCCAGGCAUUAGAGCUCGAUCUACAAGACUUCAGUGGUUUUGUGAUAGAUGUAUUUCAAGUAAUCAGGUUGAAAUUCUAGAAAAAUUAGUGGAGCUGACACAGAAGCUGUUUGAAUGUGAUAGAGACCAGCUGUACUACAGUCUGCUAAAAUUAUAUAAAAUAAAUGGUGACUGGCAAAGAGCUGAUGCUGUGUGGAAUAAAAUGCAAGAAGAAAAUAUUAUUCCUCGUGCAAAGACAUUAAGAUUAUUAGCAGAAAUCCUUAGAAACAGUAAUCAGGAGGUUCCUUUUGACGUACCUGAGUUGUGGUAUGAGGGUGAAAAGCACUCCCUGAAUUCUUCAUCACCCUCACGUGCAGAAAGUAAUAUCCAGAAAGAUCUGUUGAAUGCCUGCCAACAGAAGAAAAGCAAAGAUGCAUAUACUACUUUCCUGAAGGCACAAAAGCAAAACAUUGUGUUGAACAGUGAGACUUACAGCAGUCUUAUAAAAUUAUUGUUGGAGAAGGAUAGUUUCUUAGAAGCAGUACAAGUGAAAGAAUUCGCUGAGACCCACAUCAAGGGCUUCACACUGAACGAUGCUGCCAACAGCCUCCUCAUCAUAACGCAAGUUAGGCGGGAUUAUUUGAAAGAGGCUCUAACAACACUAAAAACAGCCUUGGAUCUGGAGCAGAUACCUUCUAGGAUAGCAGUGACCCGCCUUAUUCAGGCAUAUGCGUUGAAGGGUGAUGUAGAAAGCAUACAGGCGAUUCAGAAGAUGGUAGAUGGACUCGAACAUUCAAUUGGACUUUCAAGUAUGGUUUUCAUCAAUAACACUGCUUUGGCACAAAUAAAGAACAAUAACAUAGAUGUUGCAAUAGAAAACAUUGAAAAUAUGCUUACUUCGGAGAAUCAAACUGUGGAACCCCAGUACUUUGGCUUGGCAUACUUAUUCAGAAAAGUAAUAGAGGAGCAGUUGGAACCAGCCGUUGAAAAGAUAAGCAUCAUGGCAGAGAGACUGGCCAAUCAGUUUGCAGUUUACAAACCUGUCACUGAUCUUUUCCUUCAGCUUCUGGAUUCAGGCAAGGUGGAUGAUGCCAGAGCUCUCCUACAGCGAUGUGGCGCGAUUGCUGAACAAACUUCAACCUUCUUGGUGUUCUGUAUCAGGAGCUCUCGGAGACCAGGAAAGGCAUCAACUCUGAAAUCUUUGUUAGAAUUGAUUCCUGAAUUAAUUGAAAAGGAAGAAGCAUACACUUCGGUCAUGAAAAGCUAUGUCUUAGACAAGGAUGCUGUAUCUGCUAAAGCGCUAUAUGAAUAUCUGACUGCAAGGAAUAUAAAAUUGAAUGAUCUGUUUCUAAAGCGUUACGCAGUUUUGCUGAAGAAUGCUGGAGAGCCUGUCCCCUUCACCGAGCCCCCUGAAAGCUUCGAAUUUUAUGCAAAGCAGUUAAAGGAAUCAAGGGAAAACCCUUUGUGAAGCAAGCAGGCACUAUAUUUUGUGUGUAUUUGUGAUUCAAUGUCUAAAAUGUUAUUUUUUAAAUAUAUCUGAGAGGACAGAAUAAAUAAAUGAAAAGUUACUUUGUGUAUUUUUUUUAUUCAUAAUGUAUAUAUUUUCAACACUUUAUUGACAGUAACUGUGCACUUAGUUACUAGACUUUUUGGGGUUUUGCCGACAACAUAAAUUCUACAGCAUUUUUUUCACGGCUUCUGAUGUUUGAAUCUGUAAGUUUUCAGGGUUCUUCUCCCAGUGACUCUUCAGGUCCCCUGUUCUGGUUUGUUCAUUAUUUUCAUAAAAAUGUUAUUCCUUGUAUUUAAGACUUGCUUGUUAAUACUGUGUAUCUGAAAAUUUUGGAGCUAGACAAAAUGGUGCUCGGUGAGCUUCCUAAGGCUUUACUAUUCUAUGAUAGGAAUUCUCUUCAUGUGUGAAACCCAGCAUUAUUUUCCAGUUUUGUAAAUUGGCUGCCACCGGUAGGCAUGUUGUAAGUCAUCACAUCUAGCACUCCUUUUCCUUGCCCUCGGUCAGGGUGCUAUUUGCCAAUGCCUGGAUGCUCCCUGCCAUGCUUUCCCUUCUACCACGGAGGCUUCUGAGAGGCUCUGUUCAUAGACGUCUCUAAGACUGAGUCCUGGCUGUGACUUUGAUCAGGAAGCAGAGAGCAGUGCAUUACCUCUUGUCUUGGUUUCAGGUUUGCCAGCACAAGUACACCCUGCACUAGGCUUUUGUUACUUCAUACUCAUCCUUUGAAUGUGUGAUUUUAUAUAUGAAGGAAAUUGUGGUUUGUAUUGUUUUAUCAAAGUUAUCCCCAAAUUGGCUUUCAUGCCUAUUAAUAUCUAUAUUAUCCGUUGUUACUAUAGAAGAAUUCAGGCUGGGUUGUGAAACACUUUACCAUUACAAAAGUGUCUUAAUAUGUAACAGUGACUAUUUGGGGAUUAGGUAAUUAAUUACCCAAAAUGUUGAAAAUGCUUUAUUUGAGGUUUAUCCUUAUCCAUUUGAAAUCAGUGGUUCCCACUAUUUACAUGAGGGGAGACCUUGCCUUGUAGGAAGUAAGCUGGCCUCAAGCUGGUUGUGCUGCCGACCUGAGUUGUGGACCCAGCCAUCCUUCAUCUAGAGCCUGCAGAUGACAUGAAAGGGAGGGGUGCGUUGAUGGAGGGAAGCCAAGAAGUAAACGUCAUCACGGGAUUGGCUGUGCUUUCCUUCAUCUCGGUUUUGUGGAGGUAGACCUAAGGGUUCAGAGGCCUUGGCCAAUGCCAAGUCCCAGCCUAGAGGACUUAAUGAAGCUCUCCUUUGUUUGCUCCCCAGGGGCAGGCCCUGGAGCUAUUGUGUAUGUCCCUGCAUUGUCUGGUUGGCCACGAGCCUCACGCCUGUUAGUGAUUCCACUGAAGCAGGCCCUAAUUUUUGCAGUAUGCUAACCCUAAGUUAUUGGAGCAAUGCUUUAUUGAUGUUCAUUGAAAUAGGUCUCUCAGAAGAGGCAUAACCUUGGGACAUACCCUGGACUUCCCAGUUUUGUCUGGGCCAGAGACUGAGAGUACAAUCUUAAUUGCAUGAAGUGACUCCAAGCCAGCCUUGUAUAUUGACGCUGGUAAAAUGCCAGGUGUAGUGCCGAGGAAAUAGGUACAAAUCCCUCAUCUAGCAUUCUAAACAGCACUACUGGCUUCCCCUUUUGAAUUUAAAUAUUAAAAAUGUAAUUGUGUAUUUUAUGUGGGCUAAGAAAUACUUUCUAAAUAAUAGCAAAAUUGAAACAAAUAGAAAUAGAGAGCAAACACAAUUAUAGCACACAAUAAUACGUUUUAGACUAAAAUAAGCAAACAGCUAACUAAAAAAGUAAACGUCAUUGUAAACUUUUGGAAAGUAUG